UCGUAAAUUCACAAUGUCUUAUUAUAAACAAGCGAAUAAAAUAAAAUUUGAUAAUAAUUUAGAUCCAGAUAAAGAACUCUUAGAAUGGGAAAAAUGGAUCCAAAUCAGAAAAGAAGAGACCGAACAUUUAUCACGCAAAUUGAAAAGACCUCCGGUAGAUUUGACAAUGAAUAUUGUAGAAAAAGUUCGAGAAGAUAAAGAAAGAAAAACUGUUUUAGAACACGCCCAAAUUGAAACGAAGCCCAAAGUUAGAGGCUUUCUGUGGGAGCAGCCACAAAGAUUAAAACAAAGUUGCGAUUGCCAACCCAUAUACGAAGUCCAAAGAACAAGGGCUGAAAUGGGGCGUCCUAGAAUUAUUGAGCAUAUAAGUGUACCAAAAUAUGUUCAAGAAACAGAUAAAUGUAUAACAGGUGUACCAGAACGUAAGCCUUGUACUCAAUUGGAUUCUGAAUACAUAAAGUAUCGUGAUAAAAGAGAAAAUGAAUUAAAAGAAAAGGUUGAUAAGUUAAACCCGUACAAGUCUGCUAUGGAGAAUUUGAUGGUAAAGGGAAGUAAUCCAAAACCUCGACCACCGACGCCUCCUGUAUUACCGAUAUUGUCAUAUUCACUUGUAUUAAAUCAAGAAGAGGAAGCGUCUGUCUCUAUUUAUGCUCUAAGAAUUAAUAAUAGCAUAUUUUAUAAGGAAGUCCCUGGUCAAUCAUUUACAUAUUUAAAGGCUUUACAACAAGAACCUUGGCAUGAAUCCUGUACUUCGUGGCCAUAUUAUUAUAAUACUCCUAUCAAUAGAGCUUGUCGUAGUAAAAUAUUAUUGAAAAAUAUUGGAACUGUUACACUUAAAUAUUGCUGGAGAUCUAUUAAAAGAUCCCUUCCCUUCAUACCAAUGGAAAAUAUGGAACAAGUUUUUUUCUUCAACAAAAACGAAGAUGUAAUAUACCCGGGACAAAGUAAAGAACUUUGUGUUACAUUUGUUUCUAGUCAACCUGGAAUAUAUAAUGAGAGUUGGGAAUUAUGCACGACCAAUGUAUGUUUCUUCGAUUUACUAACCGAAAAAUUUACGUUCAAUUACACUGCUGAUUCAGUUGAACCAAUAGAGAGACUAAGAAAAAGGGGAAAAAAUCUAGAAGUCAAAAUUGGCAGAAUUGCUAUAAGAAAUAAUAUUCGUAGUAUUAUUAUGGAAAUAAUAAGAAAAUCGGUUACAAUUGAGCCAGAAAAAUAUCCAUAUAAAAAGCUUUUACUAGAAAGAGAAAUGUUUAUAAUGAAGAAUCCAGUUUGCUUUUAUCAUCAAACUGAAGUACUCAAAAUGAGCGAAAUUUAUAUACAAAUGAAUCCAGGUGAGGUUUGGGAUCUUUCAAUAGCUAAUUGGAGGAAAGCUAUGAUGGGAAAAGAAUUUGAAGAAAGAAUGAUGUAUUAUGAAAUUCUACAAAAAUCACACAUGGAUUUACUAAAGCCUUGGUAUGAAGGAGAAGAAUUACUCGCUGAAAAGUAUAGGGCUGUGAAAUUAUUGCUCGGGAAUUUAGCUGAUAGAAUUGAUCACGAAUAUUAUAAUAUUAUGAAUGAGAUAUUUUAUAGUCAAAGUCAGCCCAAUAUUCUUAGCGCUUCAAAUUUAACAGUAACAGGAUCAAUGAGAUUUUGGAAGUCACCCGGUAAUUUUAUCGAUAGAAAUAUAUUCUACCUACGUGUUCAUGAACAUGUCGCCACAACAAUUGAGACUUGUGCUGGAGUGCUAAGUAGUAUUGAUUUGAAUCGUUGGAUAAAGUUUGACUUUUGUCGAGCCUGAGGAUUUAUAUUUGAUUAAUUAUAACCUAUAAUAUAAUCAAUAUUUUUAUCACAUUCGGCAAUUAAAUCAAGAAAAUCAUGAUAAUUACUCUGAUUGAAGUAGAAUAAAAUGUACAUAAAAAUACGUACAUAAGUUCUUUUACAAUUUAAGCAAAAGAAAUAAUUUAAAUUCAAAAACAAAGAAAAACUUUAGAUACGUUUUUCGAAAUGAAACGCGUGCUGAUGAAAAUUUGUAAGCAACUUCUUUCUUUAUACAAGCUUAC